AUGUUGAGAAAAACCGCAACAAUCAUGGUGAAAAACAAUGGAUCCAACAUGGGUUCCUUUUCUUCCGUUGAAGAAGAAGAAGCGUACGACGUCGUUGAUGACCUGUCCUCGUGGGAAUUCGUGGACACAUCUUUAUCAGAAGAUGGUGAACAAGAAGACUUCUGCUCCUCGAUAGACGACGAAAUGACGUCAAAGAUCGGGAAGGAGGAGGAGGAGGAACAAGAAGAAGGAAGUGAAUCGCCUGGUGUCGUCAUUUCCUUGGAGUCUCUGUCAGUCUCACCACCCCAAUUGACGUUGACCACCGCUGAUGUUUGCUAUGAUGGUCAUAAUCAAGAGGAAGAUGUUGAUGAAGACGAAGACAUGGACGAUGAAGAUGGAUUUGGAUUGGAUGAUGAGUUGGUGCCUUGGAUGCUGAAGGACAGGUUCGGGAGGCAGAGGAUUAGGAAAAUGGGGAAGAGAGGUGGUUCUAGGGUUAACAAAUCCAAAAGGGGUCCUUAUUUCUAUAACAGGCCCGGUGCUGUUUAUGGCAAACAUGGCCUUGGUGUGCAGCACAGCUUCAUCCAGUAG